AUGCCAAAAUGCGACCCAACAAAGCAUUCCGUCGCCACCAUUCAACCAGUAACAGCCCCGCUAACAGGAGUGGAUAGCUUCCAAAGAAUUCCGCAACUGACACGUUGUCAUGUCGACGAACAUUACGGAAAUCCCAACCAGCAACAUAUGACAAAUCAUGCUAUGCCGCUGCAGCAACAAAAUCAACAGCCGUACCAUCAACGAUUCAUCAUGUCAAAUCCACAGCACCAACAGAUGCCUACACUGCAGCACCAACAACAAAUGCCAAUGGACUUCACUCAACCACAUGGACAAAAUAUGACUGGGAUCCAAGUUCCAAUGUGCAUGAUGGGUGGCAGGCAACAGUAUGUCAACUGCCAACAAAUGCCGAUGCACCCCAACCAUCAGCCACAAACCCCGAUUCAAAUGCAAAACUAUCCAAUGCAAAACCCUAACCAACAACAGCAAUAUCCAGAAAUGGUCUAUCAGAAUUGUCAGGCACCCCCUCACGAGGAAGGAACAAUACUGAUGGAUAUCGAUGAAUGGUUCGCUAAUCACCCAACCUCAAGUUCGGACCUACCCGGAGCAGACCUCUCCUACACGCAAAAGUUC